CGGUGGGUGAAGGUUAAAAUGUGGCGGUAUCUACAGAAUCUGGCCUUAAAGUCGCUCCCAGUUAAGAAGGAAGCUUGUGAUUAUAUUGAGUUUAUGUUGCUUCAAGGUAUUAAAAGCAAAUGUAUUCUGUUUAAUUCAAUCCCAUUACCUACCUGCUAUGUCUAAACGUUUUAAGAAGGAGAAAAUUGUAGAGUAUACUGGUCACACUGAACAUUACAGGCUUCCGGAUCCUCUUUAUGCUAAUAGAUAUCGUAAUCAGUUUUCACCAGAUCAAUCUAACUUCGAAAGGAAUGAUAAUAACGUUGAUGAAGCACAUCUCUUUGUGCCACCUUGUUUACAUUUACCCCCAUCUUAUGUUUCACACAUGAAUAAUCCUGAUUUCAACAUUAGUAAUAAUAAUAAUACUAACAAACAUGAAUCUCAGGGUGUUGUAGAGAAAGUAAUGCUUCGUCUCGUUAAGUAUUUUGAGAAGCCACAAAACAAUGCACCACAUGAACACACCAAUUGUAAUUACCUACACAGUGAUUCAACGCUUGAAGAACGUCCACUUAUUUCUGAUCAUGAUGAAUAUGGUGGUGAUCAUGUUUAUUCCACUGCAGCAACAGCAGCAGGUGCAUCAACAUCAUUACCAACUACAGAAGACGGUGCGGAUUCAACAGCUUCUACUUUUGUUAAUCCAAGCGAAGUAGAAAGUUGGAUGCGUCGUCGAUUGUAUUAUCAUUUUAUGACACCUAUUGGCAAAUUUCAUGCUAAACGACGUAUUCCAUUCAAACUGUUCGUUCAAAUUCUCAAGGUAUUAUUAGUUACAAUCCAGUUAAUUGAAUUUGGAUUUUAUCGGGCAGCCCAUGUAUCUUUUGGUGAUGUAUCACAUAAAGCAUUUUGUCAUCUAUACUUACGUCAAUGGGAUUCACAAUAUGAAACAUUAGAUUAUCCACCAGCAACUGGUGAUUAUGCUGUAUACACAAUAAAUGAUUUUUAUGAACACGUUGGUUAUACUAUCACUCAGUUCAAUAAAACAAAAGAAUUGGCCAUUGGUGGUUAUAUGUUUGAUUCAUUGAAUCCAACAAUGAAAUUAUGUAUGAGAUAUGUAUCUCCGACGACAGAUGAGGAUAAACAUCCUAUGCUCAGUGUAUCAUAUAUACGUGAAUCAGAAAAAUGUACAUCUAUUGAAGUGAAUAAAAUCAAUUCUGAACAAUUAGCUAAUGGAAAUUUAAUAAAAACAUUUUUACAGGAUCAUCAAUUGGAUAUUGAUUUUAAUUAUUUACUUGGAUUUGAUAUUUAUUUCAAUCUGUUAUCUCCACCAAUUUAUCAGUUGGAUUGGACACAAAGCACUGAAUGUUAUCGUUUUAUGAUUAAGAUAUCUUUAGAGAAUCCUUCUCAAUCGGGUCAAAUAAAAAUUAUCCUACGUGCACCAUAUGCAUCAACUCCAUGUAUUGAUAUUUCAAAACAAUUACAUAAUAAUCAUACAUUUGAUCAUAAUGUAUCUAUAAUAUAUUCAUCCUCAUCCUCAUCCUCCUCCUCCUCCUCCUCACCAUCAUCAUCAUCAUCUCCUUCUUCAACGACUACUUCAUUAUUAUCAUCUACUACAACUGAACAAUAUAAUAAUGAGAAAAAGUAUAAAUUAUUAAUUCAAUUUUGGAAUUUAACAAUGAAUAAAUCGAUUGAAAUUAAAUAUUUAUUCUCGCAUAGAUUAUUAGUUAUACUGAUUGAUAGUUUUACAUUAAUUCUUAGUAUUAUUUCAUGUAUUCUAUGUAUACGAUCUAUUAUACAAGGAUUUCAUAUGUGGAUUGAGACUGUUGGAUUCUUUAAGAAUUGGUUUGGAAUUCAAUUGAAUGGAGUGUUUUGGGAAUUUGUUCGUCCAUGGAUUUUAUUUAUCAUAGUCAAUGAUUUGGUUAUCAUCACUACAUCAAUAUAUGCAUUGAGUACAUUGAAUCAUAUUCAAGUAAAAUACGAACCAUUGACUUAUUUAAUGGGUAUUGGUGCACUACUUGUCUGGAUUGGUAUACUAUACUAUGUUGGUUUCUCAUAUGAUAAUAGCUUACUUAUUCGUACUAUAUCACGAUCUAUACCUGGUUUAUUACGUUUUUGUGUUUGUGCAUUAAUAUUAUUUUUUGCAUUCAGUUUAUGCGGUUGGGUUGUAUUAGGACCAUAUAAUAUAAAAUUUCGUACAUUUAUGUCUACUGUUGAAUGUUUAUAUAGUUUAAUUAAUGGUGAUGAUAUGUUUGUUACAUUUACUAUUAUUAAUAAUAAUUCUCCAAUUGGAAUUUAUUUAUUUAGUCGUUUAUUUUUAUAUUUAUUUAUUACAUUAUUUAUAUAUGUUGUAUUAAAUUUAUUUGUAACAAUUAUAUUUGAAGCAUAUGAAGAAGUAAAAGAUAUGCAAAAUACCCAUGGACGUUCAAAUAAUUCACCAUUAUGGCAUUUUGUUUGUCAACAAUAUUAUGAUCCUAAAUCAUCUAUAUUUAAAGAGGAUGAAACACGACCUGAUCGACAUUUACUUCACGAACAUGCACUUGGUUAUAUGAUGAAAACAACAACAACAACACCAUCAAUAGUAAAAAAAUCAUCUACAUUUAAUUCACAUCAUAUUAACAAAUUACCAUCAUCAUCAUCAUCAUCAUCUAAUAAUGUAUGUUUAAAAUGUAAACAUUCCUUAACAGAUCAUUCACAUAUUCCACAACAACAACAACAACAUCAAGAAGGUGAUAGCGAAGAAAAAUGUUCUUGUUGUUAUCGUCAUCAACAACAGAACCAAUUCAAACAAAAUCAACAAUAUUCAUCCUUACAAAAUAAUAAUAAUUCAUUCAAUCAAUUGAAUCAUUCUAUAAAUAUAGACAAUAACUCUAUUAUGACAAUAGAAAAAACAUUUGAAAAUAAUAAAUCAUAUUCAAUGGAACAAAAUAAUGACAAUAAUAUUGAACAAUUUCAACAAGGAAUUGAACAAAUCAAUAAUGAGAUUCAUAUAAAUAAUGUUCGUAAUCGAAUAAUUGAAGGAGUGAACAUGAUCAUUACAGCUGAUGAAUAGAUUAUUACUUAAUUUUUAUCUUCAAAAUGAAAACAAUGAAUUACUCUUUAUAUUUUAAUGUAACUUGUUCUUUUUAUGCUUUAUUAUUGAUCAUUUAUUGUUACAUAAUUCUAUUUGACUAUUCAUAUUGACCACUUGAAUCAUUUAUGCAUUUGUGUGAGUUUACUCUCUUUUUUUUAUAUAUAUACAUUGUAUUAUUUUAUCAGAAUUAUUAAUACUACUACUAAUUAUGUGUUAGUAAUAUCUAUCUAACUGUUUAUUUCUUUUCUUUUAAUUAAUAACAAUAUGAUUACAGUAUAUUUUAUAGUUUGUUUACAAAUUCAUAUUGUUGAUUUCAAACUAAAUUGUACUGAUACUAUUCGAUUAUUCUAUACUAUAAACAAACAAAUGGAGUAAGUUUCGAACCUUGAAUUUACUGACCAAAUUUGGAAAAUUGUGAUCAUUAACAAAGUGUUGUAUUUGGGCCACAUCAACCGAUAAGUAUAUAUACUGUCCACAAGUAUCUUAUCGUUGCUUUUGUGUAAAUGUUUAGCUAGUAUUACAGUGGACGAGACCAUCAGGAUGGACUAAUUGAAUGUAUCUGAAUACAGAAUGUCUUAGUAAAAUCUGUGAACAAUAUAAUAAAUAAUAAUAAUAAAUUAUCAAUCAAUCAUCUUCGGCUUCAUUGUUUUUUCGUUUCCACAACAAUUACUCUCUGUUCUCAUUCUUUUCUCAUUGAUCUCCUUAACAUUCUGUUGCUAGGCAUUUCAAUUUUGAUUGAUGAUAUAUACUACUGAUAUCUGUCAACAUCGGUAGCACAUACCAAAGUAUCUUAAAAUAUGCGUAUAUAACAAAUAUAUGUUGCUGUCAAGUACUAACCAGCAUAAAGCUUAAAUACAAACUGCCCUGUCGACUACCACCUUAAGUGAAAUAUCAUACUGUGGUGUGAGCUACUUAUAUUGAUAUGAGUAGUACAUGACGCGAGUUAAAAGAACGUAAUAUCUGGCAGCAGAAGAUGGGAAAGAUCAAGAAAGGAAGAGCGAGAACACAAUGGAAUUUGUGCGAAAACGCAUGAACAAUGGAAUGGGAGACAAUGGAUUGGUGUUUGCAACAGAAACAGUUCAGUUUGAUAGUCUGUAAUUGUUCUGCUAAAUACAUUCGAUUGUCCCCACCCGUGUUCUUGUUCACUAUAAUACUGUUAUAACAGAACGAAUGUUGGAGAAGUUGAGAAGUUCGACUUUAUUUUACAGAUUAUAAUGAUUUAUAUCUUUAUUGUAUAAUUAGUAAAUAACUUUAUUGUUAGAUUUCUAUGUUCCGCUUAUUGUAAACUUGUGAUACACCUAGUAACUUUUAGAUACUUAAUUAUUCUUUAAUUGUAUAUUGUUUAUUCUGUCUUUUACUACUAGAUACAGUAUAAUUGUAUUUCAUAUUUGAUACCCUUUGUGUGUGGUCUAGUAUUGUAUGAUUAAAUUAGUUACAAUGAAGAAUUAAUUUCCUUGCCAAUCAUCAUCUUUUAAUUGAUUAUUCGGUUAAAAAGAGGUUCGAGGAUCAAUAAACAUUAAAGUGUUGAUUAUUCUCGUUAUCUUCUAUUUUAUGAUACAAUGUGAUCUUGGUGGAGUUUUGUUCUCUGAGCUGGA